AUGGCGUCGUCGUCUCGCAACGCCCCAGAGGGGUUUUCUCCGUCCCUGUUCUCCCCUCUGGUCCGCAAAACAAAAAGAGAGACUGAUCGCUGUCACCCGUCUUCGGCCUCGCAGCUGCUCACCGAUCAUUCUUGUCUCUCGUCGCUCAUAACCCGAAAGACUUUCUGUCUCGCGCUCGCUUUCGCUGUUCCUCUCGUCAUCCUCCCACGGCUGCUUGCCGACGGCGUGCCGCGCUUGGCCACUCUCUUUUCCCCCUCUGUUCCCUCCUUUCUCUCUGCCGCAGUCGUCCUCCCCUUCCUCUUAGGCGCCCUCCUGGCCUUUCUCUCGCUUUUCCUUCCCAACUCGCUGGGGGCUCUCGCGUCCCACGGGAAAACGCGCGUCGCCGCCUCGUCCCCUCACGCAGCGGGCAAUGCGCCCGCAGGCGGAACCGCGUCGUCGCGGGUUCGCCAGCUUCUGAGAAGAAGCAACGAGGAGCCGCGAGAGGCCGGGAGCGCAGAACGGGGGAGAACGGAAGGAAUGGAGUCUCGUGUCUCUUCUGCCUCGCAGGGAAGCGCGCAGCACGCAAUCGAGGGAGACACGCGGGAGGCUCCAGAGAGUCGCUUUCGCAGGAGAGCAGCUGCCCCGGAGACGCCAGAGGACGAGUCGCGUGGAGAGGGCGGGGUGCCCGUCGGAGAGAGAAGACGAGGCACAAGGGCAGCCAGGGACACGGCGCAGGCGAGUCGUCUGGAGGAUGGGAGAAGGCCAGUGGAUCCACGAAGCCAGCAGGAGAGCGGAGAGAGCAAAGGGGGGGGAAUGCGAGACGGCGAGCCUCUCCCAAUUCCGCACAGACUCCACACAGAGGAUCCUCUUUCCAGUGCGACCUGGCGGGGUCGCGUGUCGCGGUUUCUCCUCACGCCUGUGAGCAAAAGACUGUUUUUCCACUUUUAUCUUGUGGGCGUUCUUGUUUGCCUCGUGGUUCUCUUGGCGCUCUCUUUGUCUCUCGCGAGAUGGCGGCUGUGUCUCCCAGAGGCCAACAUGCGUGCACCGAGCUUCGCUUCUCGAGCGUUUCGGGAAGAUCCUCAAGCAGACUGUCCUUCCGACGGCCACGGCGCACAAGAAGCGACGCGAACACAAACGUUUGGAGACGCGCAGGGCGCGACGCUUGCUGAAACCGCGCAGGAUCUCUCCAGCUGUCCCGCUUCCUCGCGCGGCUCCACCGGGGCGCAUGCAGGCGCCAGCCCCGCGGCUUCGGAGCAAGAAAGCCCGGUGGAGGCGUUCGAUUUGCUUUCGCCUCUGGUCCUCUUUUUCGUCCACUGUUCUCGGCGGCUCCUGGAGCAACUGUUUGUCGUUCGACCGCAUGCGGCUGCCUCGCAGAUGACUCUCGCCGCGUACCUCCUCGGCGUCGGCUUUUACCUCGCUGUGCCGCUCGCUCUGGGCCUCGGCAGUCUUCGCGCAGUGCCUUCCCUGUCUUCGCGUUGCCUGGAGAAGGCGGUCUUGACGUCCUUGCCGUCGUUUUGUCUUCUCGCCCUGGCCGCUGAGGCCCUCGGCGAGGCUCUGGCGGCGCGCUGGGCUGCUCAGCCCGUCGCGAGUUUCGCGAGCCUCGUGGCCUUUCUCCUCAUCAACUGGAUCCAGCUGUAUAGUCACCUUCGUCUUGCUCGCCUCCGCCCAGCCUCCUCGGCCGUGUCUCCUGACUCGCGGGCAACCGAAUCGAAGUGUCGGAAAUCCGAGACGAUGCAUGCGGCGCCGAGAGACGCGUCUGGGGCGUACGGCAUUCCUCGGGGGGGACUCUUCGCCUUUGUAUCUUGUCCACACUACUUGGCAGAGAUUCUCAUCUACUUCUACCUCUUCCUUCUUCUGCCGUCUUCGGAAAUGCUGGCUUGCCUGGCGUUUGUGACUACGACAAUGUUUGUGAACGCUUCGAAAACGCAUGCAUGGUAUCGGCGAACAUUUGGAGACGAAUAUCCUCCGUAG